CAUCCAACCCAUCAUCAUUCAUGCUUUACUGCAGAAUGGGGCAAGGUAACAGUCUUCCUAAUCCCGAGCAGACAUUUGGAAUUGUGCACAGUAAACUGCGAUCCCAUCUCAUCAUCCUGAAAUGUCUGGCCAAUCUCUCAUACUCAGAUUUCCUUCGUUCUGUUCAGGAGCUGAAUUCAUUAACAUCAACUUUCUGUGACCGAAGAGGAAAACAACUACUGUUCUCAGUGGAACGUGGUACAGAUGCCUCCAUAUUCUGGAAACCUACAGUCAAAAUCAUCUGCCAGAAAGUUAAUACUCAUCUAAACAGAGUGGAGUCUCAGAGAAGACUAAAUCUCAAGCAGUAUGUAGUUCUGUAUCGUGAGAUCUCGGACCAGGUGGCCAAUCUGAAUGCCAGGGAGCAGGAGAAGGGUCGACUCAGCAGUUUGCCCAAUGACAUUUGUGCUAGUGUCAUAUUUGAGGGUGUUGGACAGGAGGAGGAUGAUAAUGAAUGCUGUAUAUGUAUGGAGAACAGGUCCGAGAUCAUACUGCCAUGUGCUCACCAGUUCUGUGAGGGGUGUAUAGACACAUGGAAUGUGACAAGCAAAACAUGCCCCAUUUGCCGUGAACGAGUGGAAAGCAUUGAUGAGACCUGGGUCUUAACAGAGAAGCCAGAUGACCUUGAGUAUGAGACAGAGGUCAGAGGUUACCUAGUGAGCUUAGCGGACAAACCGGGACACAAAACAUGAUGACUUAGUACUUUUUGUUGAGAAAGUUUGGUAUACUAGUUAUAAGUUGCUAAAUUAGUAAUUAGUGAAUUUAUUUGUUGAUAUGAUUAACAGAUAAGUGUUAACGAUUUAAGGAUAUUGUUUAUUCUAAAUGUGGAAAUUUUUGUGAGGGAGCACUGUAUACCAACUUUUUAUUUGUGUGCCAGAUUUAUCAGUGAGUCUGGUCAUGUAUUUAGUUGUGUAUUUCCUCAGUUAUGAAAAUUAAUUGUUGUGAAUUAAUGUCAGACUGUUUAAUUGUGAAUCAUAGUUGGCUUACAGUAACAAGAGAAACUUCGCUAAAUUAAACACCCACAUGAAAUGUUCUUUUCAUGAUGAAAUAUACUAUUUAAAUGACAGAGCUCUCGGACCACUUUUUGGGACUGGGGCCGGGACCUUAAAAUUUGGGAAAAAUUGCAACCUUUCAGGGAAUUUUUGGAUAACCAUUAUACUUUAAAAUCAUGAUGUAUUGGGUUUCUGGUGUUUGUUAUCAACUAAAUUUCUAUUUUGCAAUACAGAUCAAAAUAUGUUUUCUUUAAUUGGGGGGAUUUGACUAUUGAGAAAAUCAACAUAUUCAGUUGGAAAAAAGGUACCUUUUUAGAUUGGGAAGGGGCCUUUGAACUGCCCCAAUAAAAGACGAUUGAAAGCCCUGAAUGAUCAAUCCAUUUUCCUUAUUUUUCAAAACUACAUGCAUUCCCUUAUCAGAAACUUUGAAAACAAAAUCCCAAAUUAACCCCCAAAAAUGUCCAGGUUUACAAUAUCACAAAAAAAUCAAGGUUAUGACACUAGGUUGUUAAUGAAGAGUCAAAUAAUUGUGCUGAAAAUGGAAUGAGUUUAAUAUGUCAGUUGUGUUUAUAUUUAUUCCUAUUUGUUGACACAUUCCCGACAAUUCAUCUUUAUAUAUUGUCACAAUUAUGAAAGAAAUUGUUGUUAACUAUCAUGAUUUUGAUAUAAUAUACCUAGCAGUUAGAUGUAAUUUUUUGUUGUUGUAUUUAAAUGGAUACACAUAUCUUAUGUACAUAAGAUAAUUUAAGGAAAGUGUACCAAGUUUAUCCACUAGAUUGACUGAUGUUUGCAAACAUUAAGUAUAUACAUAUAUUCUGUGAUAAUACUUUUGCUGUCUUACUUCAGAUUGCUUUCUUUUCUAAAAGUUAUGUUAUAGAUCUUACUAUUAGUGCCAUAUCAUAAAUUCUCUAUUUUGUCAUGAUUGAACAAAGUGUGAUUGUAAUACAUUGUCCCAGUGAUCCUGUUUGACCUUGACCUCUGGCAAUCCCUAUCCAGCUUUGACCAUGACCCUCGUUGUAAAUGUAGCCGGUAAAUUAUUCCCAAGGUAAAAGUUAUGUACUAAAGAAAAAGAGAACUGAAAUUGCUACUGAGACUUUUUAUUGUGAGCCUUUUGGUAAAUCAGCCUCUUUUUAAUUUUGCUGCAUGAAAAUGAAAGUUUAAAGUGCAAGCAUCUGGUUGGGGGGAGGGGAUGGGGUGUUCAAUUAUUCGUUAAUUAGUAUCACUAGUUGCAGGAGAUAGAAUUAGACAAUAUUAGGUCGAGACACACACUUGGAGAUAUCUAUUUUUUCAAAUAUUAAAGCAUAAUAUGUACAUCUGUUCAUUCAAGAGUUUACUCAUGAUGUUCUAGGGGAUGAUGUAAAAAUGUUAUCAAACAGAGGAAUUGGUUAUAUACAGGUAUCAUUUCUCUUCCAGUGACUUUUUUUUUUUUUGUCAGCUUGACAUUUCAUAUGACCAAAUAUUAUUUGUUAAGUAAUUUGUAAGAAUAAGAUUGUAUACUGAAACUUGCAAAAGUUAUUACCUUUAGUAUGCAAAUAAAUUACUAAAAAAAAUAUGCAAUAAUCUACAAAUAGAAACUUUUCUUAUUGAUUUUUUUAG